CUCCUCCGCUCGCAUCUUAGGUGGGAGGGACUAAGACGCGAGGAGAGGAGGUGAGGAAAGGAAUUGAGGAUGUACAAAAUUGAGAAAUGAGAGGAGGGGGGCUUGAGUCUCCCCUGCAUCCACGGUGGGAGGGACUAAGACGCAAGGAAAAGACACAAGUGAGGGAAACGUGGAUGCAGUUUAAGAGACCUGGGAUGCACCCUAUGUGUCGACGCUGUGUACUCGACCUCAUCAAACCGCUCCGAUCUUCAACCUAGACCGCGUCCAUUUUUAUUUUGUUUGUUAGUCGUUGAUAUUCUCCAGCAUCAGUAUAUAUAUAAGCUGCCAUGUUCCCAUCGUGCUGCUCCAAGCCGGCGGACGGCAGCGCUAAGAGGAGCUCCAUCGCUAAGCUGCUGCUCGGGGUGUUUGUGGUCUACAUGCUCCACACCGCCUGGCUGCUGUACGGCUUCCUCAACACCAAACCCUGCGAUGGAGGCAGAGGAGAGCACUGCAUCAGCUCCUACCUGACAGCAAGACCCAGACUGCAGCUGAGCGUCUUCACCUGCCUCGUGCCAGACAACAGCCAGCUCAACCUCGCUGUAAAAAUAGACCCGUUUGAUCCGCACUCUACAUUUGAGAGGCGGGUGAACGUGUCUCUGCCAGAGGAGACUCAAGCGAAUGGCACCCUGUAUGCAGUCGUGUAUGUUCACAAGGCCGGUGUUUCACCUUUAGAGGACAGCAGAGAGGUCCACUAUGCAGCUCAGCUCACCAUCUACAUCACUCCCACACACAGAGAAGGGCAGAGAGACACGCAGAGGAGGUCAAGCGCCCGAUCAGAGAAUCCCGUAUCCCACUGGAGACCUCACCUGUCAAUUAAUAUGAUGUCAGAGGACUUCACCUUUAACAAGGCGGGACUUCCCAGUGAUGUGCGGCGCUACAUGAGGGUCUCUCAGGAAGGCAGACAGAUGAUGUACCUUCCUCUGCUGCUGGUUAACGAGCUCAGCUUCAGAGUCAGAGACCUCAUGGAGAUCAGCAGCAGCACCAUCCAGCUCCCUCUGACUGUGUCCUAUGAGGGAAUCUCUUUAAGGAGAUUCAGAUUUUGGGUCCAUCUACAGGAUGUGGUUUAUUCUCUGCGGCAGUUUGGCUUCACAGAGGAAAACAUAGAUGAGAUUAAAGAAACUCUGGUCGGCUCCAACCUUUACCUGUUAGUGCUGACUGCACUCAUCACAGCUCUGCAACUCAUCUGUGAAUUCCUGGCUCUGAAAAACGACAUCAGCUCAUGGAGAAAAAAGAAGAGCAUGGUGGGAAUGUCCAGGAAGUCAGUUCUGUGGCGGAGUCUCAGUACUUUGCUGAUUUUCCUCCAUCUGCUCGAGGAGACGAGUCUUCUGGUGCUGCUUCCUGUCGGUCUCGGAGCAUGCGUAGAGGUAUGGAAGCUGUUUAAAGUGUUUAAGAUCCAUGUGCAGUUGAAAAGCUCCAAGCUCCAUGUAAACAAGCUGGAUGAAGAAGAAAGAAAGACAGUGGAAUAUGACACACAGGCGUCCAGAUACUUGUCCUACUUGGUCUAUCCUCUGUGUAUGAGCGGAGCUAUUUUCUCUCUGGCCUACUUACGUCAAAAGAGUUACUACUCCUGGAUGAUCAACAGCCUGGUGACUGGAGUGUACGCCUUUGGCUUCCUGUCUAUGGCCCCGCAGCUCUUCAUCAACCACAAGUUGAAGUCUGUGAGCCACCUGCAGGGGACAGUGUUGAUGUACAGAGGAGUAAACACCCUGAUCUCAGAUCUGUGCUCCUGCGCCUCCUUUUUCUCCUCCUCUGGAUCCUUCUCGUCAUCUCAUCAACUCUCCUGCUUCAGAGACGAGCUCCUCUUCCUCCUCUACCUCUACCAGCGAAGGCGUUACGCCCCUAAAGCCAGAAGACGAGAGUCCGGGACCCACAGCAAGAAAGUAAAGACUCAGUGAGAAGAAGGCGGUUGAAUGAAUGCACAAACACACAAAAACUCAUAAAAGAAGAAAGGUCCAAGGCACUCUUCUGGCAAGAAGUUUAAAAGCCUUUAUUCAGAUGGGUGACACACUGACGAAGGCUCUAUUUUAGCAUGCACAGGUAUUGUCUGUGUUUUUAAGAAUUCCACCAUGAAAUAGCCAUCUGAAUAAAGGCUUUUACAUUUUUUUGCCAGGAGAAUGCCCCGGACCUUUCUUCUUUUUUGAACUUUUGUGUUCCCUACCAAAGAGCACCGUCAUCACACUUGUUUGAACUUCCGAGCACUCCGGACCUUUUCUUUCUGAACACAAAAACUCAUCUUCGGAAAACAGCGAGGGAAUAAAUGAACCUCGAAGGAGUGAGACGGAGACUCAGGCGGGACACUCGGCCACGUGUUGUUGCCGCAGCAGCUACAGACUGAUCCGAGACGAGCUGCUCCGCUUCAGACGCCUCGCCGCUGUACACUCACGGUGCUGCUGCUUUCUGCGAGGCGUUGAUGGAGCGUCACCCUUUACCGCUGCUGUGGUUGAACGUCGCUGUACAUUUCACACUGGGAUGGUAUGACCAGUCGUAAUGUGUGUUUGCUUUAUUCUCCUCCAUAUGCACUAGUAUAGGUGUUAUUGAAAGUGUUUCCUGGUGAAAUUGUGAGGGACGGAACCUUCAACUCCAACUACAGCUCAACCAUGUUGUUACUAGACUUAAACGUCAUGGGUUAAGGUCAUGACUGACUCGACUGUCCUAACUUCUUAAACACUGAUUCUCCCUUUAAAAUGUAAUUUAACAACCUGCAAAGUAAGAAAAGAUUUUUUUUUUACAUAUUGUUUGAACAGAUUUAUACAUACUGUAAAGAGUUUAUUCUGUUUGUGCUUGUUCCAUCAUUUCACUGAAGCUAAACAUUGCUUAUACAGACUGAAAUAUCUUAAUUAAUGUCAUGGCUUCACCUUUAAUUAAUUCAUGUAUUUUAUACACAAUUCCUCCAACUUCAGCGCAACAUAUCUGGUGCUUUUGGAAACCUUGUGAUCCUUACUACAAUCUUAAAUAAUGCUCUGAGGUUUGAACAUCGCGUGGCUCAGUGACACAAGUUUUAUAACGAUGGACUCGCAGGUGGAUCCUGCAGAUAAGCCACAUGGUCACACCGGACCAGCAGCAUGAAGCACUUUUUUCUCUUCAUGCAGUGAAGGUAGAGAGUAAUCUUGUACAUCUAAACUGUCAUCAGAUAAAGUUUUAUUUGCGUUUUGUCAUAAUAUCCACCAUCAUGUAUUACAUACUGGCUAUUUCCGCUGUUAAUGUACUAUACAUCUAUUUAGAAAAGACUGAAUCCAAGUUGCCAACAAGUAUAAAAAGAGGCUACAGCACUCCAAACUAAUUAACCGCUCGCAGCAAAUAUCCUGAUGGCAUGUGUUUCAAAAAUAUUCUCACUAGUGCAUCACAAACUAUGAUAAAACUAUGUUACCUGCAGACGUCAUAAUGCAGAGCUCUAAAUCUCACAUAUCUCGCUGUUUAUUGUGCUUAAGCUACGCUGAUCUCUAAUUUCUUCUCGUUUGCUGAAUGAGCUGCUUGAACUGGAUGAUAAUUGAGAAAUUGCCAAUAUUUUUAGAGAUUAUUUUGUUUUUCAUUCUUUUGACAAUGCAUCCUGCUUGUUAACUUUUGAUAAUAUGGAAUGUAAAUAAAAAAAACAAACAAAC